AUGGCAAAAUAUAUUUUAGCUGACCUAAAGGCUACUUUCCAACUUGCCAUCCUCGGAGUAAAGAAGAACCCUCAGUCACCAAUGUACACUCAACUUGGUGUAAUGACCAAGGGUACCAUCAUCGAGGUCAAUGUUUCGGAAUUAGGAAUGGUCACAACUGGCGGCAAAGUUGUGUUCGGAAAGUAUGCACAGGUCACAAACAAUCCCGAAAACGAUGGUUGCAUAAAUGCUGUCCUCCUCGUAUAA